AUGUUAGAAUUUCAAAUACCAAUACAUUUUGAAGAUAUAUCACUAUCAUCAAGUGAUAAAUAUUCCAUUAAAAAGAUAAUAGAUAAAUUCAUUAAAAAUGUAUAUAUUUUUUUAGAACAUUAUAUAUCAUAUCAACACUCAUCAUCAACAACAAAGGAAUCAUCAAAAUCAACAUCAGAAAAUAAUAAUGAAACAGCAUCAAUAACUAGUAAAAAGAAAUCAACAAAAAAAAAAAAUUCUUCAGUUUUAGAUACUUGGGAACAAGAAGAACAAAAAGAAGCAAUAUUAACAUCAAUUAUAAAUUGUUUAGAAUUAAAUUUAUCAACACUUUGGAGAUUAGAUUAUCCAGAAGAAGAAUUUAUAAAUUUACUCUCAAAAAUUAUUUAUGCAAUGAUUGAACAACCAGCAAACUUACGUAGUAAAGGUGUAAAGAAAUUAAUUUUUGAAGUUUUAUCAAUUUUAAUUUUACGUUAUAAUCAUUCCUUUAAUUUCACAAGUAAAAUUAUUCAUCUUUUACAUAAUCAUGAAUCUUUGCCUUCACAUUGUGCUGACCUUUAUGAAUUUAUUUAUGAUUAUCAACAACAACAACAAAAGCAUCAGCAACAACAACAACAACAAAAUAUUUAUUCACAAUCAACAAAUCAACAACAAAAGAAUCAAACUACAUUUUUAAUUUCAGAUAUUAUUAGAGAAAUUGGUAAACAAAAAGAACAACGUGAUACAAGUGGUUUUAAAAAUUUAGCAAAAUUUUUAUCAGAAUUAACUGAUCGUUUACCAAAAAUAGUUUUACCAUUCGUUAGUUUAUUAUUGGCUCAUUUAGAUUCUGAAUCAUAUUUAAUGCGUAAUGCUGUAACUGAAUCAAUUGGUUUUUUAAUUGGUAAAGCUUUAAAUAAAGUUGAAAGCAAUAAUAAAGAUAAAAAAUCUGAACAAGAAGAAGAGGAAGAAGUUGAAAAUCAAAAAAAGAAUGAAUCAGAUCAAUCAGAAUUAUUACAUAUUUUAUUUGAACGUUGUAGAGAUAUUAAUGGUUAUUGUAGAAGUAGUGUUUUAAAAACUUUAUCAUUAUUGGUAAAUAAUAAUUGGGUACCAAAAGAAAGUUAUAUUCAAUUAACAAAGAUUGCAAUUGAACGUGUUUCUGAUAAAAAUUCUUUGGUUAGAAAAAGAGCAAUUCUUUUAUUAUCUGAUAUUUUAGAAUCAAAUCCAUAUUCACCUCAUUUACCAACUUUGUUAUUUAAAGAUAAAAAAGAAAAAUUAGCUUCUUUUAUUAAAUUAUCAUUUUAUAAUUUAAAGAAAAAGAAAGAAUUAUUAAAAAAAUCAAAAAAAUUAAAAAAUAAUAAUAAUAAUAAUAAUGAAGAUGAUUUAUUAAAUUCACAACAAGUACCAGAUGAUAAUAUGGAAUUUGAACAACAACAACAACAACAAAAAGAAGAAGAAGAGAAAAAAGAGAAAGAAGAGGAAGAUGGAGAAGAAGAAGAAGAAGAAGAAGAAAUUACAGAAAAACAAAUUUUUGAAGAUAUUAAAUUAAAUAAAGAACAAUUUUUUGAUUUAAUAUCAAUGUUAGUACCAUUUUCAGGAAUUAAAGAAUUUUCACCACAUAGAUUACCAUUAUAUUUAGAGCAUUUAAAUAAAUAUUUAGAUAGUUCUUGUAAAUUUAUAAAAAUUAUAAACAGUACAAUUGAUACAAUGUGUCAAUUAAUGGGUAGUGUUAAUCCUUCUGAUAUUUUAGAAUCUGUUCAUUUCAUUCAAGUUGCACAUAAAUAUCAAAUUGAUAAAUCAAAAGAAGCAAUCACUAAAAUGUUGGCAUUAAUUUGGAAUAAAGAACAAUCAAUUAAAGAGAGUACAAUUAGAUCAUUUCAUGAACUAUUAAUUAAAGAUACAAGAGAAAAAGUUAAAUCAACAUUAAAAUCAAGUUAUUAUAUUGCAAAGAAUUUAAUCGAUUUAACUACAACUGCAACAUUGGGUGAAAUUACAUCUUUAGAGGAAUUAAUGAUUGAAUUCACUAAAAAAGAUUUAAUAGAUCAAGAUAUAAUAAAAGCACUCUGGGAUAUUUUCUCUGGAAAGGUUGUAAAUUUCAAUAAACAAGAUAGUCGUGGAGCUUUAAUUAUCUUAUCAAUGAUUUCAAAUAAUAAUUCUUCCGUUGUUAAAGAUAAAGUUAAUUUGUUGGUUUCAAUUGGUUUAGAAGAACAAGAUGAUGAAUUUUUACCACGUUAUACUUGUAUAACUCUUCAAAAAUUAAGAUCAAAAGGUUUAAAAGAAACUGAUCAAAUUUUACCACGUUUUAAAAAUAAUCAAUCAUUAUUUGAACGUUUAAUUUAUCAUAUUUGUUCAACAACAACAACAACAACAACAACAAAUGAUAAUAUUGAUAAUGAUAUUAAAAAUUCAAAAUGGUUUAUGUUUGCAGAACAAGUAAUUAAUACAAUUUAUAUUUUAGCUGAACAACCAGAUUUAAUUUCAAGUGAAAUUAUAAAGAAAUUAUCAGAUCAAGUUUUAGAUGAAAAUGGUGAAACUAAUCAAUAUUGUUUAUCAAAAUUAAUAUUUAUUUUAGGUCAUAUUGCAAUUAAACAAUUGGUUUAUGUUGAAGAAAUUCAAUCUGAAAUUAAAAGAAUUCAAUAUGAACAAUCAAAACAAUCAAAAAAUAAUAAUAACAAUAAUAAAAAGAAAACAGAUAUUGAAAAAGAAUUAGGUACUGAUCAAGCAGAAGCAGAAGCAGAAUCUGAAGCAAUUCAAAUUCAAGCAGAAUCUGAUAUUUUAUCUGAAAAUAAUUUAAUUGGAAAAUAUUCUCAAUUGGUUGUUUCAAUUUGUUAUAAUUAUAAUGAAAUCUUUUCAAAUGAACAAUUCCCAAAUCAAUUAUUACAAACAAGUGCAGUUUUAACUUUAUCAAAAUUUAUGUGUGUUGAUUCAAACUUUUGUGAAUCAAAUCUUCAAUUACUUUUCACUCUCUUGGAAAAGUCAUCAAUUGAAGUGAUUAGAUCAAAUAUUAUCAUUGGAUUAGGUGAUUUAGCUUUUAGAUUUCCAAAUUUAGUCGAACCAUGGACUUCAAAAAUUUAUUCAAGAUUAAGAGAUCCAAAUGCAGAUGCUAGAAAAAAUUCUUUAAUGGUUCUCACUCAUUUAAUUUUAAAUGAUAUGAUUAAAGUUAAAGGUCAAAUUAGCGAAAUGGCAAUUUGUUUGGAAGAUUCUGAUAUUCGUAUUUCAAAUAUUGCAAAGUUAUUCUUUUCAACUUUAGCUUCAAAAGGUAAUAACCUUUAUAAUUCUUUACCUGAUAUCAUUGGUAAAAUUACUCCUGCUUCAACCGUUACAAGUAAUUUAAAUAAUAUUUCAAAAGAUUCAAUUAAAAAUAUUUUAAAAUAUUUAUUCUCUUUUAUUGAAAAAGAUAAACAAUCUGAAACUUUAAUUGAUAAAUUAUUACAAAGAUUUAAAACUUCAAAAAGUAUUAGUGAAUCACAAAAUAUUUCAUUUUGUUUACAAUUAUUAAAUUAUAAUGAUAAAAGUUUAAAGAAAUUAAUAGAACAUUUUAAACUUUAUCAAGAUAAAUUAAAUGAUAAUGAAAUUUAUAAUAAUUUAAUGAUAUCAAUUAGUAAAACAAAAAAACAACCAAAUCUUACAAAAACUUCUGAAAUUAAACAGUUGGUCGAUGAAAUUGAGAAAAAAAUAAAUACUGCACGUAGUCAAUUAACAUUAGGUGAAACAGUUCAAUUAGUUCAAGAGACAGAUGGUAAUAGUAGUGGUACCUCUUCCACUACUACUACAUCUCAAUCAAUUCAAAAACCACCUUUAAAACCUUCAAAGAAAGCACCUGCUAAAAAAAGAGCUCCUUCAAGAAAGAAAUAUCAAAGUAGUGAAGAAGAAGAAAGUGAGGAAAGUAGUGAAGAGGAAGAUGAAGAGAGUGGUGAUGAUGAAGAUAGAAUGAUAAUUACACCCAAAAAACCAAUCUCAAAACCAAUGGUACCAUCAAGAAAAAGACAACCAGUUCAAAAGAAAAAAUCAUCUGAAAGUGAACAAUCAUCAGAAAGUGAUCAAUCUUCUGAAAUUAGUGAUAUAGAUAGAAUGGAUAUAACUCCCAAAAAACCUCCAAAGAAACCUCAACCAAAACAAAGUAAAAAGAAACCAGCCUCAAGAUUAAAAAAAGCUAUUUCUCAAUCUGAAUCUGAAUCUGAAUCAGACAUUGACUCUGAAUCUUCAAAUAGUAGUAGUUUUGAUAAUAUUAGCGAAUAA